AUGAGUGCCAAAAUCGAGAAGAUCAUCGUGCGCCUGCAGGGAAAAAUCACUGAAGGCCAAUACUACGAAGCGCAACAACAAACCCGUGUAGUUGCCGCGCGCUACGUCAAGUCUGCCAGCUGGGAUGCCGCAAUCGAUAUCUUGUUCAAUGUGUCGCAGUCGCUGCUGAAAGCCGGACAAGGCGGUAGCGGUGGAGAUCUGAGCUUGUUUCUGGUCGAUGUGUAUAGACAGGCGGAGCUGAAGGUGGAUUCGGGGAGUAAGGGCAAACUAUUGGCGCUGUUGAGGCUGUUUGAUAGUGAAGAGCCAACGAGAAAGAAGUUUAUUGGGGAGAUGAUUGGAUGGUCUGCGAAAUGCGGCGAGUAUCCAGCCGGCGAGCCAGAAUUGCACCAUGUAGCAGGCAGCCUCUACGCCGAGGAACAUGAAGCCUACGAAGCAGAACGACAUCUCGCACUCGGCACAAAGGACUCACCAGAAGUAUUCGCAAAGAUGGAAUACGAAUGGUACACACAAGACGAUUCGCACACCGCCGCCCUUUACGCCGCAAGGGUUGUAUUCCCGUAUCUACUCAUAGGCAAUGUACGCGAUGCUACGAAAUCCCUCCGACUAUUCACAAGCAGGUUGACGGAAGCGAAUAAGGGUCUUGCGGUCCAGGACGUCAGUAGCAAUUCGUCGGACAUGCGAAUCUACCCCAGCUUGCCAUUGCUAAACUUUCUCGGCUUAUUACUCCUGGCUGUGCAGAAAGGGAGUGCGGGGUUGUUCACGCAGCUGAAGAGCAAGUAUGCGGUGCAUAUCAAGGAGGCGGGGAUUUGGGACGAGGCAUUGACGACCGUUGCCGAGAUGUAUUUCGGGAUCUCGAGACCGAGACAGGGAAAUCCACUGAUGGAUAUGAUGGGCAGUAUGUUUGGGGGUGGAGGAUUGGGCGCUGCGCCUGCGAAACAACAGACAAAGCGUGUGGGAACUUCUGCACCUGCUGCUGAGGGUUUAGACUGA